GCCAGAAGCCCUUCAGCCGCCGGGGAGGUCACAUGCGCCUCAGUGUUCCGAGCUCGUCCCUCUCCCCCUCCCCUUCACCACCACCAACUUAGCAGAACCUCGUAACCUUUACGCUUUUUUUUCUCCACGUACCGUACAUUAUCGGACACUGAUUAAUCUGUCUCUCCCCCCAACACACACACACAACGGACUGCCAGUGUCGAGUUUGAAUGAACAGCAGCAACAUCGCUUCGGACUAUUUUCACCGUCGUUUGGGAAGCUUCGCGAGAUCUGGCUGGAUGGACCAUGAGGCGGCCCGCAGCGUCAAGGCACCCCCAUUCAUAAGCAAUGGGCAGGACACCGUCUCCAACGUGGAUAAACUACGUGGUUACUACGAUGGGGCGAGGAACCGGCUAAAGUCUUACCUCGGUAGGGAAGACGCCAUGGGAUCCGGCAGCAGUUCCCCAAGGAUUCUCGAUGACGUCUACGGCGGGGGCGGGGCCGACACGGUGGGCGGAGUCAUGUUCCAGCAACGCCCCGCCCACUGUCGUCUGGAAGGGAAGCAGGUCUUGACCGGAGAGGAGUUUACGGAUAUCUCGUACAGUGACCUCGGUUUUAUCAUCACGCCGCAGUCGAAGAAGCUGCCUUUGAACAACAACAACUACGAGACCCCGGGCCUGGAAGCUGCAGCCGACGUCGACCCCGGCAGCAGCACCUCCCCGACCCCGUCCGCCACCACUGAGAGCAGCGCGGACGCUGACCUGGACAUCGACGUGGUGAGCACCGAGCUAGGGCAGCGGAGGCAACAGCACGUCGACCAUCAGCUCUAACUCCUCCUGCAACAACAUCCCCUCUAUGGCCAUGCAGCACCGAGGAAGCACCAGCAGUUUCACGCUUCCGGGAUCUACUGACGAAGACCUGCAGGACGUGGGUGACCUGAGACUAGAGGAGGUCACGUCUUAGGUCACGACGAUCAGAGAUUCAAUGGACGUCGGGUGUCGCGUUUUUUUUUUUUUGAGAUUUAUUAUUAUGAUUUUUUUUUAUUAUUUUUUUUACGUGAUGUUAAAUGUGUGGGUUAAUAAAAGUCUAUAGAGUUUUGUGAGGGGAGGAAUGUGAUACUAUGUAUUGUAUUUGGCCUGAUGUGUGUGUGUAUAAAUGGAUAACACAAGUGAGAAAAUGCAGUUCCGAAUGGUCUCUUGCACCGGAAAAUAUGAUGCACAUUGAGGUGUUAACAAAAUGAAUCAGAGUGGACUCCUAAAGCAAGAAAUGUGAUGCGCCUUGACGAUUUGGGAAGUCCAGCCUGCUAGUGUGAUAGAUUACUUCUGCAUCCGUUUAGCAUCUUCCCUCGAAAUGUCGUGAAUUAUUCCCAAGGACACUGACAUAUAUACAGAGCAGAAUGUUGAUGACAAGACUUGCUGUGGAGAAAAUGGCAUUUUAAUCGACAAUUGGUCUGUAUGAAAUGGCACUGGUAUUUAGGAUUGUUGCUACAGUACAAACUUAAUUUGAAAGUUGUUUUACCCUGGGGUGUAUGUUACAGGUAGUGCAGAUAAGGUUUCAGAACACUUUUGAAUACAGAGCACGGGAUUUAUAACACGAAUUACACCACAAGCGUUUUAAAGAUUCUUGAAAACUCGUUAAAGAAACAUGGUAGGUGUGUUGGCUAUUAUCUAGAUUAUAUUUUCUUGUGAAUACCAAAUAUGAAUAAUUAUCAAUGGUUUUUUUUUAUUAAUUUAGGAAAAAAAUAAAUGACUGUAGCGAUCUCAAGCAUAAGUGAUAUGAUAUACACACUUCUACCUUAGUUACAUCGUCAUAAUCAUUCUAAAAGAAAGAAAGAAAAAAAGACGGAUUACUAAGAAAACUGAGAUGGAAUUCUCCGAAUAAUUCUUUCGACUUGCCGUUCUGUAAUAACGUCCUGGAAUAAUUAGGGAAAUACACUCCCAAGGGCUUACCUCUGACACAUGUCCUCCGUCGUAAAUAUCGACUGCACCGUAAUCACAAUGGGCCCAAGGCGGACAUUUCCACCUCCGCAUCCGGUAUUAUCUAAGAAAUAUCUGCUCGAGGACCCACAUUACCUUCUUCGGAAGAAAAUGAAAGUGUUAGAGAGAGACUUCGUGGGAGGAAAGAGUCACAUCGAAGCCAUCAUGGAGGGCGGGAGAUGGAGAGAGGAGGGAAGGAGAGAACCGCGUCGGAAAAAAAAUGCGUUGAUUUAGUAUAGUAGUUCUUUGAUCGUCUUCUGUUUCUCCUUUCGUUUCUGUUUGAUAGCAGCCCUAUUAUUGUUAUUCGUCUCUUUCUUAUGUAUAUUUACUUGUUAUUGUCAGUUCAUAAUGAUCUGUUAAUCUAAAGACGUUACUUGGAGAGUGAGCAAAAAGAAUCUAUCAGUUGUGAUAUUGAUUAGCGCAAAAAACGGGUUAUUGCUGUUUAAUCACUAGAUAAUUACGUGUAAAUACCAUAAUCAUUUUCAAAACAAGAUUUCUAAUUUGCUGGAAGCCUUAUAAUUACUUACCAAAAGCGAUUAGAUUAAUACUAAAUAGAUAUAUAUUUAAACCCAUUUAGAUAUAAGAGCAAUAUGUUUAUAGUAUGUACACUUUACUUUAGAAUGGAGUAUAUAUAAUUAUACUCUACGUGUGAUCUACGUAAUGGUAAGUAGGAAAUGUCCUUUGUUUACUUGUUGAUGAUGCAAAGACACAUUUAAGACACUGACAAACACUUAUUUCGAAAAUGAUAUAAUUUCUUUAUAAACAUGACCUGCUUUCAUGAUGUAUAUUAAUCGUGUGCAUCGGAUCUGUGUUAUGUAAUUUGUUCGCACUUUUGGAAGAAGGUGCUACAUAAACAAGGCACCAUCCAAACGUUCCCAGAAGUGUGAUUAAAGAAUGUGAAAAAAUGGAAAACAUUACGUUGAAAAACAAGUGACCGAAGUUGCCUCCUUGAGCGUCUGGUCAGCACCUACAACUAGUCCUCCUGAAUACCUCAAAUAUGUCAGGUUUUUAUCGUUACAGCUAGAAUGUCACUUUUCGGAAAUGAGGAAGAAAAGCACAAUGGAUUAAAUCUAGUAAAUGCGCAAGAACGGGAACCUGCAUAGUUUCGAGUAACGAGUAACGAGGCUGUGUUCCCGGUCACGGCGUCUAAAAACGUCGCAGGAGAACUUGUCACUGGCCGUCGGUCCCUGAGGAGUUCUUUGCUAAGGAACAAUCCUCUCGACGGCGAAGAGAAGAGUUCAAAGAGAGGAUCGCUGGACGGCCAAGGAGACGAUUUUGGAAGGGAAGGCAGUGAUUAGGACUCGAUGUGUUUCCUGUUUUUAAUUAAUUCUCUAAUUGUGUUUUUUGUGAAUUUUUGGGUUGAUCAUCAUGUAUGCAACAUAGCCAUAACGUAGACAGCGAAACUGCAGUGUUGAAAAUGCAACGAAGCAGUUAGUAUGGGCCUUUGAAGAAACGCGUAAAAUUUGUCAUAUAUACAGGAGAUUAAAAGGAAUUGACUUAUUUAAAAGGUUAUACAUUAUUUAAAGUCAUUUUUCGACGAAUAGGAUUCAAAUUCAAAGGCUCCAUCACGAUACAAAGAGCUUAUAUUUUCAUUUCGAUCAUCGACUUUGCAACUCUUACAUUUCUUGCAGAAUUUGCAUAAAACCAUACUCUCAUAUAUCAUCCCUAACUGUAAGCAACUCUUGUAAAUAAUAUACAAAUCAUCUCUUCAAAACAUAUUCUUUAAACAUUGCCACACUACGUCAAGACACAAGAUAGGAUGAUGUGACAUCAUUCAUUUCGCAUAUGUAUAAGCCUUCUUGUGAAGUAGUGACCGCCUUUUCUCUCUGUAUUGUUUGAAAAUCGACACUGACAUCUCUCUAGAAUUCCGUGUCAAGGGAGGAUACUCUACGUGAUACUGUGAUGAUGGUGUGUGUUGUAGCAUAUCGUGGACGGGUGGAAUAUCUCGUAUAUUUUGAUGUGACUAGUUUCAGCUAUAUCUUUAGGUUUGUAAAUAGUAAAUAUUGUGUACACACGCACACACACACACACACACACACACACACACACACACACACACACACACACACACACACACACACACACACACACACACACACACACACA